AUGAGAACCAGGUCUCAAAAGAGGAAUGCAAAGCCUCAGAGGAAGUAUUCAGGGUUCACAGUGUCCAACCUGAUACUUGAGGCUGUUUCCGCUUCUAAAGAGCGCCACGGCUUGUCCCUGGCAGCCUUGAUGAAGGCUCUGCAGGUUGGAGGAUACGAUGUUGAGAGGAACUACGCCAGGGUCCUCCUCACCGUCAGACGCCUAGUGGCCAGCAAAGAAUUGGUUCAGACCAAGGGCACCUCAGGCUCCCUCAAGAUGAGCGCAAAGUCUCCAAUUAGGUCGAGAUCUCCAUGGAGAUCCAAAUCUCCAAUGAGAUCUAAAUCUCCAAUGAGAUCUUCAGUGAGACUUCGGAAUUUAAGGUCUCAGCUCAAAUCUUCAAGGAGAUCAAGAUAUCCAGUGGGAUCCAAUUCUCCAAAGAGAAGAGUCAUGACUCCAAAGACUAAAGCAAUGUCUCCAAGGAGAUCCAGUUCUCCAAUGAGAUCCAGGUCUCCUAGGAGAUCCAGGUCUCUUAGGAGAUCCAGGACUCCAAUGAGAUCCAAAUCUCCAAAGCAAAGAGUCAUGUCUCCAAAGACCAGAGCAAAGUCUCCAAGGAGAACCAAAUCUCCAAUGAGAUCCAGGACUCCAAUGAGAUCCAAAUCUCCAAAGCGAAGAGUCAUGUUUCCGAAGACUAGAGCAAAGUCUCCAAGGAGAACCAAAUCUCCAACAAGAUCCAGAUCUCCAAUGAGAUCCAGGUCUCAAAGGACAUCCAGGUCUCCAAUGAGAUUUGAAUCUCCAAUGAGAUCAAGAUCUCCAAGGAGAUCUAAAUCUCCAAAGAAGUCUCCAACGAGGAGAGUAAGACUUCAGAGGGAGUAUUCGGGCUACACAGUAUCCAACAUGAUACUGGAGGCUGUUUCCGCUUCCACAGAGCGCCAAGGCCUGUCCCUGCCAGCCUUGAAGAAGGCUCUGCAGGCUGGAGGGUACGAUGUUGCGAGGAACAACGCCAGGGUCCUCCUCAACAUCAGACGCCUAGUGGCCAACAAAGCUUUGGUUCAGAAAAAGGGCCCCUCAGGUUGCCUCAAGAUGAAUAAAAAGGCUCCUGCACCUUGA